CAAAAGAGCAGGUGCGACUGGUAAUUUCGCUAUACUAACAAGUUGCACAAUGCAUACACGGUUAAUUAUUGGCUUGUCAAUUAGUAGGGGCCGUUGUGUGACUUAGUCAAUUAAAAUAAUCAUACGUUACAUUUCGACCGUUAAUUUCGCGUUUGAAAAGCUGUUGCAAAAUAGCCGAGGAUGCCAAUGGUGUUAAGGUCGAGGAAAUCUGUUUACGUGAAGCCUGCAGAGGACGAGGCGCCAGUGGUAAGCAGAAGGUCCAGACGCCUCCAUGGUAGAGCUGCGUUAGUGGAGGAGACAGAUGAGUCGGACGCUGAGUCUGUACGGAGCCAAGUGAUGGAGAGAGACGAGAGUCCCCCACCUCAGCUGGAGGAGGAAGUUGCUGAUGACAUGAGCUCAGCGGAAAUGAAGUCCUGCAGUGUCCUGUUGGAUCGUAUCAGACCUGAAGAGGAAAGCGCCAAAAAAGAACUUGAAGAGAAGGAUGACUUGAGCCGCAAAAGCGGGAAGACACCUGUCUCGCGAAUCCCUACUUUCCAAAGCACUUCGACCAAAAAACGAGCCACCGGCAGCAGCCAGAGCACAGAGCUGCCUCUUCCCAAAAAAGAUGCCCUCAGCCAUGCAGUUUCACCUCCAGAGAAAGUUAGCAGUGGAAGUGUGGAUGUUUCGAAGUCGAAACUUCCCGGCAUCAGAGAAACAGCACUUCCUCUCCCAACAACCCGUCUCCCCAAACUUGGCUUUGAAGCCCCCUAUUCCCUCAGCAGCACAGAACAACCUGCUGUGCCAGUCCACAGCUCCCUGGCUUCCACACCCAAGAGUUCCAGUUGGACAGAGGGUUCGGAGUUUGUGGAGCACCAUCUUUUGGCCGUGAGCCCCAGGCCUGCCCUGAGAACAGGACAGCAAGAGGAACAGUCCUCAGAAAACGAAGUUCACAUCACUCAAGACAGCCCCAUAAGCCACUUAUCACAUGAAGACUUCCUUAGCCAGACGUCACUGAAACACACAGUGGAGAAGUGGCGGGUUGAGGUGGAAAGCAGGAGUGGUCUCAGUGACACAGGUGAUGCUGGCAGGUCAGAGUCUGAAGAGGCGGGUCACGAAGAUGAGGAGAAGCUCAGCCUGGUGAAGUCUAUUUUGGAUGAAGAGCCUCCAUGGGAGACAGAGCCGGUACAGUCUCACCUUGCACUUGAAGAGGAUGAUGGAUCUGACAUUGCAUCGGAUGCUCAGUAUGCAGAUGAUGUGGCAGUUGAAAAGUCUGAUUCGGGAAGUGUCUGCGAAUCAGAGGGAGUGAAGGUCCAUCACCAAGAGUUUCAGGAGAAGGCGAGUGCACCGACACAGUCCUCCAGUCCUCCAGAGAAAAGCACUGAUAUCGACAAAUCCACCUCACCUGCAGGAGCAAACAGGCGACCCAAAGCCAAAUCAAGCCAGUCAGCAAAGGGCUCGGCAUGCGCCAGUUUUGCCCUCUUCUGCCUCCUGCCCACCACCUUGCUUCUUAUUGGGGGGUUUGGUCAGCACGUUUGGCACUACGGGCUCCCCAUGUCUGUGGCCCACCUCAUGGCUCAGCUGGAGCUGCACUGGCUGGAAGGCUUUGGUUUAAUACCAGAGCCUUGUAGCUCAGAUUGUCGAGUGCGUCUGGUGGAGACCAUUCCUGUGGGACUUUAUGAAUCUGAUCCCCCAUCCCUACCGAGCAUCUCAGACAGUUGGCUCAGUCUGCUGGGUGAGGCCAACAGCUCAGUCCACAUUGCCGCCUUCUACUUCACGCUCCGAGCCACCGAUCUGGAACUCACUGAGCCCACUGACUCUCAGGGAAGAAAAGUGUUUGAUCAGCUGAUGCAACUUGAAUCCAAAGGUGUGAAACUUCAGAUUGCCGUCAACGCACCCCAGACCUCAACUCAAGACACGGAAAAUCUGGCAGCCACAGGUGCGGAGAUCCGAGAGAUAGAUUUGCAAGCUGUAACAGGAGGGAUCAUCCACACCAAAUUGUGGGUGGUGGACCAAAAGCAUUUCUAUGUGGGUAGUGCUAACAUGGACUGGCGCUCUCUGAGCCAGGUGAAGGAGGUUGGUCUCGCCAUUGAAGACUGCAGCUGCCUGGCUCAGGAUGCAGCUCGAAUCUUCGGGGUAUACUGGGACAUUGGAGGAAGGAAGAACGGUUCUCUGCCCCCCUACUGGCCUGCUCGCCUUUCUGCCCUGUCCAGCUCCCAGCAUCCCCUGCGUCUGAAGUUCAAUGGAGUGCCAGCACAUGUCUACCUCUCUAGUGCCCCUCCACAGAUCUCAGCCCGGGGACGCACAGACGACCUCUCCUCCAUCCUGUCAGUCAUCGAAGAUGCCCAGAAAUUCAUUUACAUCUCUGUUAUGGACUAUCUUCCUCUCUCUCAGUUCAUAGAGCCACCCAGGUUCUGGCCUGCCAUCGACUCUGCCCUGCGCUCUGCAGCCUGCACCAGAGGAGUGGAGGUUAGGCUGCUGGUCAGCUGCUGGCAGCACUCGCCGGCCUCCAUGUUCAUCUUCCUGCAGUCCCUGUUGGUGCUCAACAGACCUCCACUGGCAUGUGACAUCAGUGUGAACGUGUUUGUGGUGCCUUCAACAUCGGCCCAGAGCAAGAUUCCAUUUGCACGAGUCAAUCAUGCCAAGUACAUGGUGACAGACAGGGUGGUCUAUAUAGGGACGUCCAACUGGUCGGAGAACUACUUCACCCAGACAGCUGGUGUGGGCUUGGUGGUGAACCAGACUGGCACGGUGGUUGGCAGCGGCCAGGUAACUCUGCAGAGCCAGGUAGAGGAGCUCUUCCUGAGAGACUGGAACUCCCAGUACGCCCGCACACUGUCUGACAGUGACGUGGACGUCUGCUCUCGUCACCAUCACUGACGGGUUUCAUUUAGUCGAUCACAUCAUAUUGCAGACGAGCAUCUCGCUUAUUGCAACCACUUGAACUUGAUUUGCGCACAUGGAGAGUUGGCUUGCCGUACAGUGUUCAUUUAAUGUUUCAGUGCGCUUUUGUACGGCUGUGGCUGUUAUUUUGCUGUAUAUAUUUGCGUUUUUAUAUUUUGCAGUUUGUAUACAUGUUUACUUUGAUUGUUUUCUGUUCUCUUACACUGAGACUUAAUGGCAUUUGAAUUUGUGCUAUCAAUGAGGGAGAAUGGUCUGUACAGUUUGACAAAUACUGUUCUAUGCCUGGAGCAUUUUGUAUAUUGUUCCCGAAGUGUCAAUGCCAAGCUUUACCAGUCUCUUGUGUAGGAACGUUCCCUAUGAUUUCCAUAUCCUAUGGCCUUAUUAGUUUGUUUACUAUUAUUGAAUGACAGCUAACUCACAAGUGAGUUGUUUUUGAAUGUCUAUCAAUAUAAAAACAGAUGAAAAAACAGCUCACCCAAAAUACAAAAAGUUAUUUUCCCAUUUACCCCUAGUGCAGUCUAUCUGUCCACAUAGUUUUUGUGUGAUUUGUUGAGGUUUCCAGUCUGUCUCCCUUCACUCCAUUACAGUGGGGCUGAAUGGGUAUUGUUAGGUUACGUUUAAGCCAUCAUAAGUUACAUGUGAUAAAGUCAACAGCAACGGCUCUUUACAAAAGCAGUGACAGAUGCAGGUGUUCUUUGGCAGGAAAUAGUUCUCCACAAAACCCCACAAAAGAACACCUAUCUAGCCCCACGUUAUUGGGGUGAAGGAAAACAGACAGGAAACCUCACCGAAUCACACAGAAACCUUCUGGAUGGUUAGACUAAUGCACUAUGUAUUUUGGGUGAACUGUCGCUUUGAUCAGUUAACCCUUUGGUGAAGUAAGAGUGUGCAUAUUCAAGUUGAUUUUCUUGGCCACUCUCUAAGAGUUGAAGCAAAGCUUUUCACUUUCGCCUUAUGAAUUCAGAAUGUAUCAAUAAUUCUGUGCCUUUGGCGUUGCCUGGAACUUCAGUAGCAGUGCAUCAUGCUUGUGUUUUUUACUUCUCUGAGAAUACUUGAGGUGGUGUCACUUCUGCAAGCUAAACUUCCAAACGGAGACCUCAUAACUGUGGGACAGGGAACUUCUCUGAGGAUGUGUUACACCCACUGUCAAGUUUGUGUUUAAUAAUGCCCAUCCCCUUCAUCUUAGUUAAUUUAACUUAGGUACACGUGACUUGGAAAAUCUUAUGAGAAGAAAUUUACUGGCAUCUCAUUUGUGACGUUCAAAUGCAGGAGCUGUGACUAUUUCCCCAUCCACUUGUCUCCAUCUUUCCUUCGCUAAGUUACCUCCUAGAGAGAGACGUUUACAGCAUAAAUUUAACUAAAAUGGAAGGAAUCUCUGUCUGACCUUAGAUUAUCUUGGCAACUGUUCAUCUGAUCGCCUUCACUCUUGGUGGCUGUGUUUCUGAGGACCUGGGGAAGUACACUGUUGAUGGUAAAGUUGUUUGGAUGAGCGGUUUUCUAGAAAGCUGCAAACAGUAACACCAGAGGCCAAGCAAACGGUCUAUUCCGAACAGGCAUGUUUUGCAUGGGCACUGCACUAGUUGCUGAUAAAAUAGGGGCCACAAUGAGAAAACAAAAAUCCAGCAUCCUCCUGUUACAUUGUUUUAUGACAGUGUCCUUUCUUCUUGGUGCUGUGAACAAGCACUAAUUACUGGUCCCACAGGGCACACUCAAAGGGAAACCCCAAUUAAGUACUGUUGUGGUGUAAAAUAUUCUUUGUGGUUCCAUCAUUGAUCAUUCUCCAAGUUAUCAUGAUCAAAGAAUGAAUAAACACCCCACAAAGUAAAUCA